UACACUUAUAAUGAUUAUUUAGAUAAGGUACAAGCAAGUGAAGAUGAACUCAAGACUGGUCUCAAACAAUUACAAGCUUGUCUCAUUAAUGGAUAUUGGAGAGUGUUUCACUUAGAUUAUCGUGAUCAAGUAUUCCAGAGUAUACUGACACUGCUGGAAGAAGAGGAUUGGUCAUGGCAGUCUAUACCUCUCAAGGAGACGUGUCAGAAAUUAGAGGAACUAGAGCCUCCAUUUGUACUGGAGCAUGUCCUUGAUUGUUAUGGGGUAGUGUUCACUGGAGACGAGGGAGAGAAGAGAUAUGGGCUAGAGGAGGAUAAAGUGUGUCAGUUUUGUGCUGAACUGUUUCUGAGACAAUCAGGAAAAUUCAAUUAUGAGGAGUUUAUGGAGUCAUGGCCUUCAUCUGUUCCAUUAGGAAUGACAACAUCAUUAGACCAACUGAAGGGUUUGGCAUUGACGGAUUUAAAUUCAGUUCCAGCUGUCAUAUGGUAUUUCCCAGCCACCGACUUACCCGAAGACCCAGCUGCAAGGUUUUCAAAGUUAUUCAGUGUAAAAGAGAAGUGGGCGUAUGAUGAAAUGCAUCCUUACAUUAGUGAUUUAGAGUCACCAGGUCAAUCCCUCAAUGGUCUAUUAUUGAAGUAUUCAAGAGUGUCUGUAUCUCAAGGGAAGAAAACUUAUAGUGCUAAACUAACUGCUUUGUAAAAAUAAAAUAAUAUAAAAUAUAAUUAUUAUAAUUUAAUGUAUGGUUGAACUAUAUCAGUGAUUUGUGGCUCCUGAAUAGAUUUUAGUGUGGUGUAUACUUCCUGUAGUUUUUCUUUAGAAUCAUCUUCAGAUAAAUUA